GUUUGUCCCGGAGGAAGAGAAGGAAAACUUCCAGCUUUUGUCCGAACUUUUAUCUGGAUGUUUCAGCCGGAGCGGAGACACGCUGGGAGUUUACUGGAAGUUUACUGGGAGUUUUACUGGGAGUUUUACUGGAAGUUCUACUGAGCCCCACUGUCCUGCGCGCGCCUGUUUCACCUGUGUGUGUGUACGUGUGUGUUCUUCCUCCUCAUCCUCAGCCAUCCACGUUCCCUCCCGACCCCUCUGCGGUCAGAAGCCGCCCCUCGGAGCUCCUCUCCCGGCCUCGGAGGCUGCCGCACCCCGCCGCUCCGCGCCGCAGGGAGAGAGGAGCCGAAUGGAGGGAUGAGAAGGAGUCCCGCGGAGGAGGAAGUGGAGCAGCUGAGGGAGUUUGUUCUCGGGGUUCCACGCCUCCAUCUUGGAAAGUUUCUCCUGCGGGUGAAGGACGUCCCGCGCGGAUCUUUAACCGCGUCGCGGCCGCUCCGCUGAGCUCCAAUGAGGCACGCGCGGCCGGCGGCGAGCGAGCCCAGCUGACGACACUGACCAGGGAUCGAUAGGUGGCUGGAGCGGGGGCUGGAUCAGAGUCUUCCAGGGGCAGUCAUGCAGGGUCGGAGGGGUCAGCGGGCCGCGGGGGCCAGGCCAGGCCGGGAACCGGCCGCUUGCUGCGGACUGAAGCUGCUGCUCGUCCCGCUGCUGCUGCUGAGCUGCUGCCGCGCGGAGGAAGAGGUGCUGAUGAACACCAAGUUGGAGACGUCGGACCUUCGGUGGACGGACCACCCGGCCAACGAUCAGCAGUGGGAGGAAGUCAGCGGCUUCGACGACGAGUCCAACAGCGUGCGGACCUUCCAGAUCUGCACCCCCAACAGUCCGUCCUCCUACUGGCUGAGGACACGUUGGAUCCCGCGGCGGGGGGCCACCAAGGUCUACGUGGAGAUCCGGUUCACCAUGAUGGAGUGUUCACCUCUGAACCAGCGCCACUGUAAGGAGACCUUCAACCUGUACUACUACCAGUCCGACAGCGACGAGGCCACGCCCACCCACCCCGCCUGGAUGGAGAACCCCUACACCAAGGUGGCCACCAUCGCCGCCGACCACCUGCUGCGGCGGGAAGGCGAGCGGCGCUCCAACGUGAAGCUGCAGCCGCUGGAGGUGCAGCGGGGGGCGGGGCUUUACCUGGCCUUCCAGAGCCAGGGCGCCUGCAUGGCGCUGCUGUCCGUACGCGUCUUCUACAGGAAGUGUCCGCCGCUGCGCCGCGCCUUCGCGUCCUUCCCCGAGACCAUCCCCCACUCCCUGGUGGAGCAGGCUCAGGGCGUGUGUGUGGAGAACGCCGUCACCCCGCCGGGCGAGCACUCGCAGCCUCCCAGCAUGCUCUGCGGUCAGGACGGUCAGUGGGUGGGGCAGCCCACAUCCAGCUGCGCCUGUCGCCCCGGUUACGAGGCGGGAGAGACCGACGUUCAAUGUCGAGCCUGUCGGGCGGGUUACUUUAAAGUCGAAUCAGGACAUGGCAGCUGCAUCCCGUGUCCCACCAAAAGCAACACGCGAAUCCCAGGCUCCGCCUACUGCCCGUGUCUCCCCGGUUAUGAUCGGGCAGACUCGGACCCGCUGCACACUGCCUGUACACGUCCCCCGUCGGCCCCCCGCCUCCUGGUGAGCCAGCUCAACGACACCACGGUGACUCUGGAGUGGAGCGAGCCGCUGGACCGAGGAGGACGGGCCGACCUCAGCUACCGGGUCCUCUGCUCCAUCUGUGGACCCCCCAAGGGAUUGGUCAGUUCCUGUUCCCCGUGUGACGACAGUGUUCUGUACCGGCCGGCCCAGUUCGGGCUGACUCAGCGUCGCGUCAUCAUCUGGGGACUCCGCCCACAAACCAGAUACAUGUUCACCAUCCAAUCUGUGAACGGCGUCUCUGCCGUCAGCCAAUCAGAGCCAGCCUCCGUCAGAGUCAACGUCACCACCAGCAGAGACGUUCCUCCUCCAGUUUCUGGUCUGAGGAGGGUGGCGGCCUCAGAGAACAGCCUGUCUCUGGUCUGGAACGUCCCGGUUCCUCAGAACCAGCACCAGAUCCUGGACUACCAGCUCCGCUACAGCCGCCAUGAGGGCGAGGAGGCGGGCCAGUGGCAGUACGUGUCCAGCAAGUCUUCUUCUGUGGUGCUGACGGGGCUGCAGCGGGCGGCGCAGUAUCAGGUCCAGGUCCGGGGGCGUUCCCAGGCGGGUUACGGGUCGUUCAGCGGGGCGAGCAGCUUCAGCACGCUGCCCGACGGCGGGGGCCGGUCCCAGCUGGUUCUGACCGCAGUCCUGGUCUCCAUGGGGAUCCUGAUCCUGGUCGCCGCGGCGACAGCUGCAGCUCUCUGCUACCGCAGGAGGAGGCGUCCAGACGUCCAUGACAAGGCUGGACACUACCAGAUGGGACAGACGAUGAAAGUGUACAUCGACCCGUUUACUUAUGAGGACCCCAACGAGGCAGUGAGGGAGUUCGCCAAAGAGAUCGACGCCUCCUUUGUAAAGAUAGAGGAAGUGAUUGGAGCAGGUGAGUUUGGUGAGGUGUGCCGCGGUCGUCUGAGGAUCCCGGGCAGGAAGGAGAACUACGUGGCCAUCAAGACGCUGAAAGGCGGCUACACGGAGAAACAGAGGCGGGACUUCCUGUCGGAGGCGUCCAUCAUGGGUCAGUUCCAGCACCCCAACAUCAUCCACCUGGAGGGCGUCAUCACCACUUCCUGUCCCGUCAUGAUCCUCACCGAGUUCAUGGAGAACGGAGCGUUGGACAGCUUCCUCAGGAUGAAUGAUGGACAGUUCACCACCAUCCAGCUGGUGGGGAUGCUGCGUGGCAUCGCCGCGGGGAUGAAGUAUCUGUCGGACAUGAGCUUCGUCCACAGAGACCUGGCAGCUCGGAACAUCCUGGUUAACUCCAACCUGGUCUGUAAGGUGUCAGAUUUUGGUCUGAGCCGGUUCCUGACGGAGAACUCGUCUGACCCAACGUACACCAGCUCUCUGGGAGGGAAAAUUCCCAUCCGCUGGACGGCCCCUGAAGCCAUCGCCUACAGGAAGUUCACGUCGGCCAGCGAUGCGUGGAGUUACGGCAUCGUCAUGUGGGAGGUGAUGUCAUACGGAGAGCGACCAUACUGGGACAUGAGCAACCAGGACGUGAUCAACGCCAUCGAGCAGGACUAUCGGCUGCCGCCGCCACCCGACUGUCCCGCCUCUCUGCACGCACUCAUGCUGGACUGCUGGCAGAAGGAGCGAGGAAACCGGCCCAGGUUCUGUGACGUGGUGGCGGCGCUGGACCGGCUGAUCCGAAAUCCCGCCUCUCUGAAAGUGACGCAUCCAGAUGCUCCGAGCCCGUCCCAGCCCCUGCUGAACCAGCGAGUCCCACCUCCUCUCUCGGCCUGUGGAUCUGUCUCCGAGUGGCUCCGAGCCAUAAAGAUGGAGCGAUACGAGCAGAGCUUCCUGCAGGCCGGAUUCACCAGCCUGGACAUCGUCUCACAGCUCAACACGGAAGACCUGCUCAGAGUGGGCGUGACCCUCGCAGGCCACCAGAAGAAAAUCCUGUCCUCCAUCCAGACACUGAGGAUACACAAAACCCCGCCCACCCUGCUCUACUGACCAAUCACAGCCCUAGCCUGUCGCAGUAUCCAAAGCCACACCACUCAGGAUGACACCGAGUUUGCCUUCUUCACUCUGAUUCAACUCAUCAGUCUGACCAAUGGGAAAGCCUUGAAGCCAAAGUCUCCGCCUCCUGGUGGAUAGACCAAUCAAAGUGCAGAGUUGUGACAUUAAAACUGCUUCACAAGUCAAACACUAAGUAAUGGAUGAGUAGGUGCUACUAGACUCCGCCCACCUGGGUAUUUUUUUAACCAGUCAGAGCCAAGAACAAAGUUAACAACCCAUCACUGUGAAGCUGCUCCCUGAUUGGUCGAUUAUCAGGACAUUGUCUUCCGUUUUGCCAAAUUGAAUCAGCCAAUCCACUGCUUAGGAACCAAAGCUCCACUUCCUUUACCUGGUUGGUAAAUCAUUUCUAACCCCUCUGAUUGAACACUGGCACUUCUGUUGUUAAUAAACUCCGCCCACAAGCGAGGCGGGGCUUGGUUCUUGGUCCCAACUGGGGUGACCAGGUCUCCUGAACUCAACAGGAUCUUCGUGUAAACCAGAACCAAGCACAGAAUUUGUUUUCUAUUGAAGCAAAAAGCUAUCGGCAUGUUUUUAUUUGGACGAACCUGUUCCAGGAUCUGCCGAUGGUCCGGACCGUAAAACUGCCGCCACGAUGACUGCCGAGACCCGUUUCAGAAAGGACCACAUGUAACGCGUCCGAUUCCCUGGAGAACUCUGUUCUCCGUCUGGGAUAUUCUGGGAUUUAAUCUGAUUGUGUUUGUGAUUGUGUCUGAUGUUUCAGUUUUGGAGUAACUGUUGCAGGAAUUCCGAAAUGACCGUUCGGUAGUCUCUGUAAGGUUGGGAAUAUUUCCUGAAGGACAUCAGGAUGUUCAGACAGGGUUUGUGUCCAGACUUGUCCACACCUUCCAGUAAAGUUUCUGUUUCCUGCACUUCCUGAUCAACGAGGAAUAAUCCGGAACUGCCUCAGAAAACACUGCUGUGCCUUUAGACGGAAUCUUUGGGAAUAUUCAAGAAAACACUACUAACCUUUCAAGAACUUUCCAGAAUAUCUUUAAGGCCUUUAAGGUCCGGAUUACUGUGAUUCUUUAAGGUCCUUGGGACACUGAGAGUGUUUUCGGUCACAUGACGGGACUCCUGACAUUCGCGCUACCAGAUCAACAGUCCACCUCUAAGAUGUAUAAAGGUCUCGAACAUGAACACCUGACCUGGUGGGUUGGAGUCCAAUCCUGCUCCGGGUCCAGGACUUCACUAGAGAUUCUGCAGAACUGUUGGUGGUUUUGUAUUUUCGCACUUUUUUACCUGAUGUUUGAUCAUGUUUCUAAGCCAAGCAAGAGAUUUUAUACUGAACCUGCGUUUCAGGGGAAACUGUUUUUGUAAAGAAAAUAAAAAAGGUUUCUGGGG